AUGAGCGACGUUUGCUCAUACAUCCAAGUCCAGGCCGAUGAUGGGUGUUGGGCCCUUGCCGACCGCUGCGGCAUCUCCCAGGACACUCUCACCCAGUAUAACACUAUUGACGACUUCUGCAACACACUGAAGGUGGAUCAGUAUGUCUGCUGUUCUGAAGGGUCCCUUCCCGACUUCUCGCCCAAGCCUGACGAUGACGGCAACUGCUACGUCUAUAUAAUUCAGCCGGAUGAUACAUGCGAUGACAUCGCCAAGGCGAAUAAGAUGGAAUCCGACAAGAUCGACGACUAUAAUAGUCUCACUUGGGGAUAUAUGGGUUGUAAUGCGCUACAGAAAUACCAAGCCAUAUGUCUAAGCGAGGGCAUGCCGCCAUUCCCUGAGCCUGUUGAUGGGAAUGUCUGCGGUCCACAGGUACCUGGAACAAAGCAACCAAAUAACGGUUCCACAUGGGACUGGGGUGAGCUAAAUCCGUGUCCCCUCAACGCCUGCUGCGAUAUCUGGGGCCAAUGCGGCAUCACUCCCGAAUUCUGCACCAACACUACAGAGCCUGGCGGAGCACCAGGUACCGCCAGGAACGAAACAAACGGGUGCAUUUCCAACUGCGGCACUGAUAUUAUAAGUACGGAGGUAUAUAGACCCUUCCCUCUACGCAUCGGCUAUUUUGAGAACUGGAACCUUAACCGCCCAUGCGCAAACAUGGAUAUCUCCAAGAUGACCGAGGACGGCUACUACACACACGUGCACUGGGCCUUUGGCAACAUCACCGAAAGCUGGGAGGUGGACGUGAGCGGUUCCCAGGAACAGUUUGACGGCCUGCUAAAGCUAGAGAACAUCCAGCGCAUUAUAAGCUUUGGUGGCUGGGGGUUCUCGACUGAUACCUACACGCACAAUAUCUUCCGGACGGGAGUAAGGGACGGGAAUAGACAGACUCUUGCUGCUAAUGUGGUAGAGUUUGUUGUUGAUAAUGGCCUUGAUGGUGUGGACUUUGACUGGGAGUAUCCUGGCGCCCAAGAUAUUCCAGGAAUCGAUCCAGAUAAUCUUGACUCGGGAGAGAACUAUGCUGAGUUCCUGAAGCUUGUUCGCUCCCAGUUGCCAUCCGAAAAGUCCAUGUCCAUGGCCCUGCCAGCGUCAUACUGGUACCUGAAAGGCUUCGAUCCGCUCACUCAGUUUGAUGAUUACAUCGACUACUACGUCUACAUGACAUACGAUCUCCAUGGCCAGUGGGACUAUAAUAACACAUUUGUCAAUCCUGGUUGCGAACUUGGCAACUGCCUUAGGAGCCAUGUGAAUAAGACCGAGACCGAAUACACACUGGCUAUGAUAACCAAGGCCGGAAUCCCAUCUAUCAAGGUUGUGCCUGGUCUUGCGCUGUACGGCCGCAGCUUUGAGAUGACCGACCCGUCAUGUCAAGGACCUGAGUGUACUUUUACUGGGAAGGAAUCAGGCGCCACCAAGGGAGCCUGCACGGAUACUGCCGGCUACCUCUCCAACAUCGAAAUCUGGGGCCUAAUUUCCCAGGCUAACAGUGAAGACAACUCCGACAACGUUACCAUCACCCAGUAUGAGGAUGAAGGCGACAUCCUGAUCUAUAACGGCAACCAAUGGGUCUCCUGGCUCACCCCAGACAGCUACAAAGCCCGUCAACAGUGGUAUGAUGACCUCCACUUCGGAGGAAGCGUCGACUGGGCCGUCGACCUCAAUCGAACUUACAGCAACAACGGUACAGGCGAUCUCGAAGAUUCCGGAGAUGACUGGCCCGCGUGGGAGCCAUGUCCAUCUAUCACUUUCCCCUACCUCGAGGGGCUACAGACGGCACAGGAAGCCGGCGCGAUUCCGGACUACUGCGUCGCGCAGAUGACGCUGGACACGCUGAUCUGGAUGCUGGAUACGGCCUAUGACAAUUACACCGAUGUCAACAACGGUUACGAUGAGAUGUUCGAUUAUUAUGUCAAGUAUAUUGAGAAAGUUGUUCCGUCCGUCCUCGAGAAUGCUUUUAUGUGGAAUAUGAGCAUUACAGGGAGCAAUCAGCUCAUUCCUGAGAUUGGUCCUGGGUUCAAUUACUUUGACUGCCAGUUCCCUGAACAAGAUGAAGUUGUCCCCUGUGCCGCCAACUGGGAAGACAACCUCGACCCUCUUCUUAGGUACGUCGACGCGACCGACCUAACCCUCAGCGACAAAGACGGGUUCGCAACAGCCCUCGCCAACGCCGGCCUCCUCGAAGACUGGGUCGAUUUUGGGGAUUACAAGAUCCAACGCACCAAUUACAAUACCCUACCCGCGGCCCACUGGACACUAAGCUUUACCGGGUGGCCGAUCAAGAAUGAGUCUAUGGUCGUACAGAAUCCCAAGGAUAUCGUCACGAAGGCUUUACCUAAUAUCCCAGGCAUGCGGUCUGAUAUGGAGACUACCUUAUUGGAGAUCAUGGGGGGAGGAUGGAUGGGUGGUGAUGCUAGAGAUGCGGCGCUUGCUUACGCGCCGGCGGUGUUUAUGCUGCAGCAGGCGGUUGAUAGUAUGGCGCAGGCUAAGGAGUUGGGCCAGGAGGAGGAAGAAGAGGAGGAAGAGGAAGAGAGGAAGAGGAAGGAGAAUUUCAUUUUGCUGAUUAUCAGUGUUGUGUUUAUGUUCGUCCCUAUGGUUGGUGAAGGAAUUGCCGCUGGUCUGGGCCUGGCCAAUUUGGCCCGCGUCAUCGCUAUCGCUGGUGAACUGGCUAACGCGGCCCUGGCUACGUAUGAUACAGUCAAGGACCCAGCCUCGGCUGUGGUCAACAUGUUGGGUAUGCUGUUUGGUGUUGGAAGCAUUGCCAAGGCAUCCCGCAAUGCAAAGGGUCUGAGCGAGGUGGCCAACUGGAGGAAGGGGAUGAAGGCCGGAGAGAUUACGUCCCUAGGUAAGAUUUUCGAGAAUGGGGAUUCAAUGGUGCAAAGCAUCCUCGGGAAAGUCUGUAAGAUUUGA